CGGAAGUAGAGGGGCUACUGCAGUGCGACACUGGCAGCUGCUGUGGCGGCUUUGUCUGCGAGACUCAGACCGUAUACUGAGAUGGCAAGCGCAGCUGCACCCGCAAGCCCCACCCUGGCUCCGCCUUUGGAGCAGCUUCGGCACUUAGCAGGGGAGCUGCGGUUGCUCUUGCCUCGAGUGCGGGUUGGUGAAGCCCAGGAGUCCACCAAGGAGUUCAAUCCGGAGACGUUUUGGAUAAGACUCAAUGAUGCAGCUGUGAAAGUGUCAAGGGAAGCCACCAUUCUGACCGAAGUCUUCUCUCGACUUCCACUGCCACUGCCGUCCCCACAGGAAACCCAGAGGGUCUGUGAACAAGUCCAAGCUGCUAUCAAGGCUGUUAUUGCAGUAUACUACUCACUCCCCAAGGAUCAGGGAAUCACCCUGAGAAAGCUGGUUCGGAGCACCACUUUGGACAUCGUGGAUGGCAUGGCUCAGCUUGUGGAAGUGCUUUCCAUCACUCCGGCCCAGAGCCCUGAGAACAAUGACCUUAUUUCCUGCAACAAUGUCUGGCUUGUGUGCCAGCAGGUGCCUCGGAUACCAAAAGACAACAAAGCUGCAGCCCUUUUAAUGCUGACAAAGAGUGUGGAUUUAGUGAAGGAUGCGCAUGAGGAAAUGGAGCGGGCUGUGGAAGAAUGUGACCCUUACUGUGGCCUCUCGAAUGACAUUGAGGAGGACAACUCUGAACAGGAUGCUGUUUUGGGCUGUCCAAACAAUCAGGACUCCUACUGGUCAGAGGAGGAUCAAGAGCUCAUAAUCCCAUGCCUUGCCCUGGUGAGAGCAUCCAAAACCUGCCUGAAGAAAAUCCGGGUCGCAGUGGCAGAGAAUGGAAAGAAGGACCAGGUGGCCCAGCUGGAUGACAUCGUAGAUAUUUCCGAUGAGAUCAGCCCGAGUGUGGAUGAUUUGGCUCUGAGUAUAUAUCCACCCAUGUGCCAUCUGACUGUGAGCAUCAAUUCUGCAAAACUUGCUUCUGUCAUAAAGAAGGCACUGGAAAUUACAAAAUCAAGUCAUGUGACCCCACAGGCAGAAGACAGUUGGAUCCCUUUACUCAUUAAUGCUGUUGAUCAUUGCAUGAAUAGAAUCAAGGAACUGACCCAGAAUGAACUGGAAUUCUGAGUUUCCAGGCUCUCGUGUCCUCUCUUCUCUGUUUCUUACUGUCAGAGCCAGGCUUAGAUGUCUGCUUUUUAAAUGGGGCUAGAAUGCUUUCUGGUUUGAAAGAGAGUUUCUGUCUAUACUUAUCAAGAGAUGCUAUUACCAAAGAUUGUUGGUGAAGCCAGAGUGACAAUUAUUUAUAAAAUAUAUGAAUAUGAUAUAUUUUUCUGUGUUGGAUACAAAUAUAAUGGCAUGAGUUUGUGUUCCUGAAUCACCUCCCAGAGAUUCCUGGGGAAGCUGCCUUACCCCCUUUUUGCAAUAAAGCAUGUUUCAUUGUAAAACAUGUUGAUGGUCUUAAUAAAAUGCAAAGCUGCCAGUGGUUAACUGAG